AUGACUGAGCCUGAGGUAGUCCCUCACCAAAAACCGGACGAGGUCCCUGUUGUGAAGCCGAAACGUGUUAGGACCGGAUGUCUGACUUGCCGAGAGAGACACCUCAAGUGCGACGAGGGCUUGCCCAACUGCCAGAAUUGUAAGAAGUCAAACCGGAAAUGUAAACGUGGUGUCCGCUUGAACUUCAUCGACAUUCAAUGUGAACAGCCUCCCUACUUGCUACCCAGAACCCAUGAUUGGAAGGUUGCUUUUCAGGAUGACUCUCGCGACAUCGCCUCUGAGUAUAGGGGCGGCUUGGAGAAGUAUCACCCUCUAGAGCCUGAGCCAAAGCGCCAAAAACGCCUCGAUGUAUCCAGGCUGAGUUACGACUAUGGUCCCAUCUCUGGCCCCAUCGUUUCUCAUCAGCAGCUUCCUACGCCCGCUUCCUAUUCCAACUCCUAUGCCGAGCCUUCACAACCUAUGUAUGCAAGCUCAACCAAUCAGGCCUACAAUCCUGGACCAAAUGCGCUCUCAUAUUCCGAGCCUGCACAUGCUGUACGACAGCCUUACGAGCAAUCCAUAUUGAUGCCGACCGACCACCAUCAAUCCCCGCCAUAUCUGGCAGAUCGCAAUGAAGUCUUGUACAUGCAGGUCUUUGUCGAAGAGGUUGGCCUGUGGAUGGACAGCAUGGAUGCCGAGAAACAUUUCUCUCGUCGAAUCCCUUUCCAGGCGCUGAGGGAACCAAUGUUGAAGUACGCCCUGUUGGCCUGCGGAGUUCGCCACUUGACUCUCGUCAAUUCAGCCUACCCGGAAGAACAUGCUCUCAAUUACUACAACUCUGCCACACAGCUGCUCCUCAAGUCUCUUCAAAACCCAGAUAGAGACAGCGUUUUGUGCGCUACGACAGCUACAAUUCUCAACGUCUACGAGGUCAUGUCGGAGAAAGCCCUACAGCGAAUGAAUCAUAUUGCCGGGGCUCGUGCCCUUAUCAAAGAAUGCCGCUGGGACGCCACCGCUACGGGGGUCGGCGCCGCAUGCUUCUGGCUAAAUGUUGGCUUGGAGCUGUUUAGCUGUUUACAUUUCAACUGGGGUGUGGCUUGGGAUCCAGACACCUGGGGUAUAGAUAUGACGAUGAACCCUCAACACACGGGCGGAAAUGAGGAUGAUUGGACUCACAAAGUCCUUUGGAUCUUAUCCAAGAUCACCAACUUUAGAUCCGCUGCUCAACCACGCUUUCAAGAGCCCAGUGUCCAUGCUGAACAAGUACGCCUACAUCAGAGGCAUCAGCAAUGGCUGGGAUUGAAACAAUUUUGCGACAGAUGGCACCAAUGCAUUCCCCCGACUAUGCACGCCAUGGCCUAUGUUCCACCGUACCUGACUACCUCAAAGAGCUCUUUCCCCGAAGUGUGGUUCAUCAAGAGGACCACCAUUGUUGCAGCCUUGUUUUAUCACACCGCCAUGGCUCUACUUGGUGCCGUUCACCCGCUCAAGGACAUGCAGCCUCAAACACAGGCCGAGAUGCAAGAAAUGAAGUUGUACCAUUCGAGGCAGAUCUGCGGUAUUGUAGCGCAUGUCAAAGACAGAGGCGUUGCCUCGGCUUCCAUCCGAUGUCUUGCCGUGGCUGGCGAAAGCUUAACGGAUAAGCAGGAGCAACAGGAAGUUCUUGCCAUCUUUGAGCGCAUAAAGACCGAGACUGGUUGGAGAGUGGACUUUAUUCAUGAUGAUCUUCGUGAGAAGUGGUCUUUGAAUCCUACCCCAUCCGCUCAGAAAAAGGUUCCAUCCGGGAUCACCAAUCCUCUGUAUAAAAACGCAGACUUCUCGGUACAGGGUCGGCCAUACGCCACCCAUUAUGUUCCCCCGUCAUCCGCACAUAUCAUGCAACCGGAAUACUCGAUUGUGGAUUUUUAA